AUGCCAAAUAAAAUACGUUUUUGUAUACUUUGUAAACGUUAUGAUCGUAAAAAUCGAUCAAGUUAUACACGUAUAUGUACCAUUGAACGUGAAAAAAAAAUACUUGAAGGUUAUCGACGUCGAUAUAAUGAACAAGAAUUAAAUCAACCUAUUUUAAAUCAACUUGUUCAUCAAAAAUGUUAUAAUAAACUAGUUCGAUGUAUACCAUCAAUUGAUUCAAAUGAUAAUUUAACACCUAUUGAACAAAAACAAGAUGAUAAUGAUGAAGAACAAGAUCAGACAUCAUUAAUUCAAUUUCGUUCACGUAUGCCAUUACCAUCAAAUAUUAAUAAACAUUUAUUUGAACGUCGUCAACGUGUUUGUGCUGUAUGUAAUCGUUAUGGCUAUAGAUCACAUAAUAAAAUGAAACAAAUUGUAUCAAAUUUUAUGGCAAAUAAAUUAGCUGAAGGUUUUUCUCAUAUAUAUAAACGACCUUAUGGUAAAUCAUUACUUGAUGCUUAUAUACAUGAAACAUGUUUUCGAAAACUUUAUUCAAGUUAUCGAUAUCAUGCAUCAAAAAAAAUUGUGAAUAGAAAUUCUUUACAAAAUCAAGAACAUUUUGUUCGUCAAUUAGUAUAUUCUCCACAUGAAACACGAAGUCGUACAAGUCUUAAUAAAUCAUCAUUAGAAACAGAAUCAAAAGAUCACACGUCAAAAAUAACAACUGAUGAAACUGCUAAUUUGUCAAUAGAACGAUUAUUUUCUACACCACUUUAUACAUCUGUUUCAACAACAAAUCCAAAUAUUGAACUUAGUGCACGAUCUUGUCUUUUUCGACCAUGUAUACAACGACUUACGACAGAAGAAAUUGAAUUUUAUACAAAACGAAAUAGAACAUCAGGAAUUAUCAAUGAAGAUAGUACUUUAACAAAAAAUCCAUUACCAAUUGUUAGAUCAUCCAUUACACUAACAAAUGAUCCAGUAAUUUAUUCAAAUCAAGACGAUAAUGGCAAUGAUCUCAAAACAAAUGAACAAGAUCAAUCACCAGAUUGGUUACCAACACAUCCAUCGUCAUCAUCUCCUGUAAUGUUCAAUAACAAACAAAAAAUUUGUACAGCAGCUAAAAUUCGUCGCCGAUAUUUAAAACCACCACCAUUAGCAAAACCAACAAAUCCUCUUAUAUCUGAUCAUACUUAUAUCAAUAAUAAUAUUUAUUUACAAAAAAUUCCAGCUGAUUUAGAAAAAUUAUAUCAAUGGCUUAUAGAAGACUUAAGAUCAUCAGGAAAUCCAAUAUCCAUGGGUGAAGUAUUAAUAAAAUAUAAAGAAUUAAUUGAAGAAACAAAUACAAAUACAACACGUGAAAAUAUUUAUCGUGAACGAUUAAGACAUCAAUUGGAAAAAUUUUAUUCAAAUCAAUUUAUAUUUGUAACACCAAAUAAACGUGAAGGAACAUUUAUUGCUCUUAAUGAUAUUGAUCAUUAUGUUCGACUUGCUAUUAAAAAUGCUAAACAAGAAAAAGAUAAAGCUACAGAAGCUUCAAUUCUAUCGUCUAUUAUUGUUCCACCAGCACCAAUUGAUCAUAAACGUCAAACAUGUGAAGCUAUUAUGAAUGGUAUUCGUAAAAUUCGUUUAUAUAUUCGUGAUCCAAAACAACUUAAUACAUUACCAUCAUUAUUAAUUCGUAAUAUUAUCGGUUUAAUAACAACAAGUGAAAAACAAUUUCAUAAAAUUUCACAACAAUAUGAUUUUUAUCGUAUGAUUGAUGAAGAUUUAUUUGAUAAUACUACUAAUAAUAAUAACAGUGGUAAUAGUAAAAUAUUAAAUAAAUUUGAUAAAAAUCUACGAAAUAUGAGUUUAGCAUCAGAUUUAAUUAGUGCACGACAUGAUAAUCGAAUAUCAGAAAAACAUUUUCUAUUAGCUGAUGAAUUUACAAAAAAAGAUUUUAAUUGUACACCAAAACAAAUAAUAACAUUAUUAAAUCGUUAUGGUCAUACAUGUUCAUAUAAAAGUUAUAUGAAAAUGAAAGCAUUAAAACAACGUACAACAAAUGAAUUAGGACAAGAAAUUAUUGAAGAAAUUGAAAAUAUAAUAAGAAAUGAUGACAAAUCAUCCGAUUCAGAAAUGGAUUUGAUGGAAUUUUAA